UUGAGACACACUGCACAGAAGAACAGUACGAGUUAAAAAUCUCGCCUGAACACGAGACAAAACCACUAGUUGUGUGAAUUUACAGUAUACAAACCACGGUUAACUGGAUCAACCAAACGUGUGUUGUCUUCGCUGGGCUUCUUUCUGUUAAAUAUGCUAAUAAAACGAAUACAUACUGAUGAGGUCGUUAAAAUAUCUCAUCCCCACACACUAAUGUCUGUCAGUGAAAAAUAUGAAAAAUAUUCGCUAUCAGAGAACUUCACUGAUUCAGGUAAUUCAAGUUUUAAUUAUACAUAUAAUAUAGCUGGUAUUGGCAGGUGUGAGUAUACAAUAUGGUACAAAUUAUGUCAGAACUGUAAACAUGUAUUUAAAAGGGUCUCGAUCUACACUGGUUCAGAUACAUCUGGCUACUUGUCAAUUGCACUGUCAAUAAUGUUGUUCAGUUAAAGGAAGUAAAAUGAAUGAAAAACUUCUCACCAUUAUGCGGCAUGAUGGAUGGCAAUGCGACGAGGGCCAAAUAAACUCAUUCAAAUACUAAGUCAAGUUAUCGUGUAUAAUCAAUCGCAGUAAAGACACCACUGCGGUAAACGGAGGCAUUUCACACAAAACAUAAGAAUCUGUGGUUUGCCGUUUUAAACAGCGAGCACGACGUGGUCUUUUAGUAAAUUGACCCUUACUAGAAGGUAUUGAACAACCAAACUCUCGACGAAGCAAAUUCGGUUUUAUAAAAAUAUAUUAUUGAAAAUCACUCACAGUUGUAUACGCGGUCUAAUCUCUCUCACAGUCACACAGUCACUACAUUCCUAGCUAUCUUUUAACUGCUUUUGAUAAUAAUCUAAAUGUGUCAAUCAUGCAAUGAUCGCCCCUAAUUAAAGUAAUAAUCCUGCUAUUAAAUCACAAAUAUUGUAAGCUAUAUAUAGACAGUCUCCGACACCCUCCCCCAUGCAAGUUAGGAGCUAAAUUGUAUGUUCCCUAAGGAGACUGCGCUUCUAAACGAUCGUGUUCGUGGAAAACAAAACUUGAAAAUGAAUCUAGUAUUAAUGUGUAAAUAUUAUAUAGUGUUCACAUAUCUUCUUCUUGAUCUUCUGCUAUGGCAGUUAAUUUUGCUUGUGCAUCUGCUGCGGCAUUCGAGAAUCCCGUGUUGAUUCAUGACGAGGUUAAGGGCAGUGGUCCCUAAAUUACUUUGAAUUUGUACUUGAGUAAAAGUAGAAGUAAUUAACAAUAAAGCGACUUGAGUAAGAGUAAAAAGUACUGGAGGCAAAACGUACUUACGUAAAAAGUACAAAGUACCCUUAAUGAAGUACAAAGUAAAAGUAAAAGUACUAUUCAUAGUAUCUGUAGCGUGCAAGGGGGGGUUCUCCAAUGAAUUUACAUACAAAAGACACGAACAGCACACGCAUUUAUAUGCGUGCACCUAUAAAUAUACAAUAUUUCACAGCAUGGUCUACUUUUCAGACCCCAUUGAUAAUAUAAGAAAUCCAUAAAAUAAAUAAUGCUUAUAAGUAAGCCACAAACGAGAGAUCCCAGACUCAUGUAGAGGUCCUAUUACCUAUCACGUAAACAAGAGUUAAAAAGAGUUAACAAGUAACUAACAACAGUUAACAAGAGUUAAAAAGUAACGAAAUACAUCGCCAUAAAAUGAAAAUAACGAAGUAAAACGUUAUUUCUUAAAACAACUUCGUUCCAAGUAAAAGUACUGCAGAAAAAUUUUACUUUGUUACAUGCUCACUUCUCCAAAAUAGUACUCAAGUACAGUAACGAAGUACAGUUACUUCGUUACAUGACACCACUGGUUAAGGGACUGUUUCGUAUGCUCGAAGUGGGGUCUUAGGGAAUCUUUCGCUUGCUCUCGUUUUGUCCACCAGUCUCGAACUUCUCUCACGUCAUCGGACGUCAGGGACACUCUACGAUGACGGUUUGUCGUAAAGCGGCGUACCCAGGCUAGAAUUCGAAGUGCGUGAAGCAGAUCGUGACGUUGGAGGAGGUUCUCGAAGGGGUCGUUCUCGGAAUCUUUAUCUCGUUCUUGUUCUUGUGCAAGGCUGAGCACUUCCUUCAUGACUCUCGCUUCGACCUCGGAGGCAGGUGAUUUCUCCACUACUCGAUUUUCUGGCCAGCGAUCACGAUCAGCGAGCCACUCAGGGCCAGUCCACCACGUACUGUUAGCAAUAUGUCCUCCACGGCUCGCGAUGUCUGCUGGAUUCUUUUCGGUAGGCACAUACCUCCACUGGAUCUCAGUAUGCUCUUGUAUCUUUCCCACGCGAUUCGCGACGAACUGUUUGUACUGACCGUUGCCGAGAAGCCAGUGAAGUGCAACGGUGCUGUCUAACCAACCAAAUAUCUCUGGUGUGGGAAGCUCUAUCAGGUCAUUCUUUGCGUUUGUCACGAGAUUUGCUGACAUAUGAGCACUGACCAACUCUAAUCUCGGCACCGUCAGAUUCUUCUUUGUCAAUCGGGACUUCGCCGCAACGAGGGAAGUUGUAACUCCUACGGCCUGGCGGACCACAUAUAGUAGACGACCUUACCUACUCCCUCAGUUGAUGCAUCUCCAAAUACGUGCAAGUCGGCUGAAUCAACUGGUUGAUGGUAUGGUGCGAGUGGUCUUGGAAUACUUAUUCGUUCGGGAAGGGACUUCUCAAACUUCAGCCAUCAUUUUUGAAGGUUGUCUGGGAGAUUGGAAUCCCAUCCGAACUUGGAGUCGCAUACGUCGCGAAACACGAGUUUGCCUUGCAACGUUAUCGGUGAUACUAGACCUAGAGGGUCGUAGAUCCUUGCUAAACUUGCGACGAGUUCACGCUUGGUGGUUGCUGGCGUACGGGCAGGGAAUUCCACUGAGAUGGUAUCCGUGGUCUUGUCCCAUUUGAGGCCCAACAACUUUGAGUCACUCGACUUGACUUGCAAUUGCAAUUGUUGUUUUGCAAACGACUGUUCGUCACAGAUAUUUCGUCGUUGUUGUCUUCCAGCUCUGGCACGCUGGAGUUCCAUUUGUGUAACUUGAACUUUGCAUCAUCCAUAAUUUCGAUUGCAGUGGUUUUCCGUUGUUUCGCCUCUGUUGUGUCUUGACCACCAGACAAAAUACGUCGACGUAUAAACUUCGACGUAUUCACUCCACGUCUUCCGGAUAUUUCUGGGACCACAAGUCGAGGUGACAUUCGAGGACUCCCCCAAGUAGAAAUGGCGAAGGCACAAGGCCGAAUAACAUUCGCGUAAAAUGAUAGGUUAGGAUCUCUGCGUCGACAUUGGAUCUCCAGUGGAAUCGGAGCGCAUUUUUCUCACAUUGUCGGACUCGAACCUGUAGGAAGGCUUGUUUGAUGUCACCGGAAAUUAUCACGGGAAAUGCUCUCUGUUGUACCAGAACGUUCCAUAACUUGUUCUGUAAGGCUGGUCCUGCAUAGAGGCAAUCGUUCAGGGAUGGAACUGCGGGUGAUUCUCGGGCCGAGGCGUCAUAUACGAUCCUCAUUUUGGUCGUCUGGGCUGAUUCUCGGACUACGUAUCUGUGUGGAAUAUAGAAUUCCGUUGCGUUGCUUCCGCUCACAGUGGGGGGUGGUAAUGACGGUGGUUGGAACUGGGUCACUUCCGGUCACCAUGGGAGGUGGAACUAGGUCACUUCCGGUCACCACGGGAUGUUGGAUAGGGUCACUUCCCGUCACCACGGGAGGUGGCAUAGGGUCACUUCCGGUCACCACGGGAGGUGGAAUAGGGCCACUUCCGGUCACCACGGGAGGUGGAAUAGGGUCACUUCCGGUCACCACGGGAGGUGGAACUCUUUCGAUGACCCCCUCAGCAAGUUGUUCUUGUAUAAUGCCGUCGUACUUCCCCAUCGAGUUUUCGCGUUGAAGUCUUUUAGUCAAACCUCCGAGUCGCUUCAGGCUACCACGUUCAUUGUUUGGAAAAUAGGGAUGGUUUGGUUUCCAAGGUAACGCGGUCUCGGACCAUCCCUCGGGAGAUCGGGUCAACUGUUCUUUAAACUCGUUAAAUACCACCAACAGGUCAUGUUGGGAGGUAUCUUCGAGCCCUAAAACGUCUAGUCUACACAAUUCCUCGUACUCGGCGUGGGAGGUCUGGGUCAUCAACAUCACGUUGCUUUCGAACUCGUACCCAGGGCCCAUUAGAAACCAACCAAACUUGGUCAACUCAGCGAUAGGGGCUUUCUCGUCUCCUAUUCUCGGUCUUGUUUGCGUUUUAAUCUUCGCAUACUCCCCGCUCCCCAAAAUGACAUGGACAGGCAGGGUAUCUUUGACGUCAUCGUCGUUCAUUGUCACGCCCGUUAAGUGGGGGUGUUGAUUGAUUAAUUUGGGAUUGUCGAUCAACAAAAGUUCACUCUUGUUUACCUUUGUAGCUAGCUCUUACGGGAAGACUAAACGAGCCGUCUAGCGAGUCAAAUUUCAUAUCGCUAACUCGAACAAAUUUCAGAAGUUCCCUUGGUCAAAUUUACCCGGUUAAUUAAUUCGAACUGUAUUUUGAGACGUGGAUCGGCAAACUUCAAAAUGUCAGAACAUAGCACAUUGACAAGCCGGAAGCUUGGAUUUCUAUUCAUACAUAAUAUAUAAUAUAUAAAAACGUAAUACAAGUCCAGAAAGAGAUAAAAGGUUCAACAAGUUGCAUCGGUCAUUACUGAUCUAGCUAAUAGGUACUGUAUGGGAGCGAAGCCCUUUCGUCUGGAAGGCUACUAUAAUUUCCAUAUGCGAAGGCCUUCGCUCAAAACGUCUAAGUUCUUUGUGUAUUUUUCAGGUCAGUAUAUGUAUCUUAAUUUUACUGAACGCUAUACCUAUAAUUCUAUAAAGUACAAUUCUAAAGUACAGUGAUAACUAAUUUGUGCAGUGAUAAAUAUUUAUGGAUUGUGCGAUUAUAUUAUCGCCAUUUUGUGCAGUAAUAAAUUUUUUUAGUUAUUACUAAAUUUGAUAAAGAUAGUUCGUGAGCAAAUAGCCGAAUACACAACUCUAGUAAUAAGAGAUUAAUUAGUGAUUUAAUACUCUUAGUUACAAGGACAGUUUAUAGGACUCUAUGACUCUUGGCUAAAUAUUUAUUAUAAUAAUAUUUGAUUUAUUUAACUGGAAAUUUCUAUGUACUGUAGUUGAGCACAGCACUCAAAUGACAAAAUAUACAGAAUACAUAGAUACUCAAUGUAUACCUUGGCUUUGCUGUAAAAUUAAAAAUGCUGCUAGUUCACUCUUUUAGUUUUUUUGUGCAGUUAUAAAAUUUCUUUAAUUAAAUUAAAAUAAUCUAAUGGAGUUCCUGUAUUUAAGACUUGUUAAGAGAAAUUUAAAUAAUAUUGCGGAGAGAAAUGAAGUUUUGAUGCAUGCUUUCGCUCGAUCUUGUUAUGAUGCCGUUGGCGUAAGGCCAUAUAAAAAAAAAUAGUUGGUUAGCGUCCUUAGCUUUUGCCAAAAAGUGGGCGGGCGGGCGCUUUUUUUUUUAAUUUUUACUAACUUUUAACGCCUUGGUUUUACUCACUGUUAGGUCCGAAACUGGAUUUUCUUGCGCAGUACAGAUAUUUUUUUUAUAUAUUUCAAAAUAUAAUUCAUACCGUCAUUUUCGCACGCAAUUUCGCAAAUUAUUAACACAAUUGACUACAGUCAACAGAAAUACUACAUAUAUUAGAGCCUGUUGAUCAAUAAAAGUCGGGGUUUUUUUAAAUAAAAAAUAAAAAAAAAUCCUGAGCGGGGCCUUUUGUGGGCGGGCGGGGACGCUAACCAACUAUUUUUUUUUAUGUGGCCUAAUGUCCAAGAUGGUAGCUCGGUUAAUUAUUUAUUUUCUGCUCAAACCAUGGGCUUGGCUUUUUCUCCAAAUUUUAUGUAAAGUACGUAGCGAUUAAGUGGCGGGGAAUAUUUAUGAAUUUUGCCAUUUUUCAGAGUAAUUUGGGAUUUAUUGACUGCCGUUUGGAAAUGACAAAAUCAGUCCUUCAUUCUGGGGGGACGUUUGCACAUUUUACAUUAUUUUUUUUUUAUUUUGGACCCCCUUCAGUCGAGGACCAGGGGUAAUUUUCACUCUCUGAGUCUGUGUACCCUCAAUGGGCAUGCAUCCUUGAUCAGUAUAGUCUUACAAAAAAAAAAAUUCGUCUCGCCUACAAAAGUUUUCAUGAUUUGGUCAACAAUGUGCUCAGUAGAUCUUUUAUUCUUCUCUUUCAUUCAACGUAGGUUUGAAGAUGUGUACGUCCAAACUGAGUCCUACAUCUCUUAUCAUAGCUGGCCUUACAGCAUUGGUGCUUCUGUCUAUUCUGAUCUUUAGUCAUUCUCUUGAUGCAGGUAUUGUUAUUAAAAUUUUAUUAAAAUGGUUAUAAAGAUAUUAGUUUAAACGACCACUAUGGCAUUCUCUAGGGGCGUAUAGGAAGUAUCGAAAGAUUGGGGGGGGGGGGGCACUGCCUUCCAGAGGCACUUUUGGAUAAUCAAGAGGACACCCACAAAUUUCUCUCGGAAAUGUUAGCAGCGGGGGGUGGGGAUACAGAAUAGUAUUUACAACAUAACUAGCUUGUGUAAUAAAAUAUGUUAAGAAACCAAAAGGACACCUUCGAUGUUAAAACAGUAUUUACAGAAACAUUAGCUUGUGCAAAAAGGACACCUUUCAUAACAAAAACAGGCACUUUUGGUCCAUUAAAAAUUGGGGCGAUUGGGGGUGGGUGGGGCAUGUGCACCCUGUGCCCCCCCCCCCCCAAGUUUCAACGCCCCUGGCAUUCUCUGCGCUUUCUUUUUGACGUGCAAAGUUUUAAGGAAGCGCUGUGGCUAUGCAACCAAUUUAUCAUUCUGUAAUCCUGGGCGAAUUCGAUGAAUAUUGCAUCAGAUCGAAGUAGGUAGACUCGCAUCUUUGUUAAGGCAUCUAAUUGGGAUCGAAUUUUUAAAAUAAAAAAUGCAAUGAUGUGGUAAUUCGCUUCACGACUCUUUCUAGACUUUCUUAUGUCUUAACAUGGAUAAUAAAAUAAAUGGAUAGGAAACUAGCUGACGUGACCUAAUGUUUUUACUGGGAUUGAUGGCGUGGUUGGAUGCCUCAACCUAGUUGAAAAUCAAAUUCUCAAAAACGGCAUGUUUAGCAAUAAUACAGCUAAACAUUUUAGUCAAAGACCAAAUAAAUGUAACCACGCCAUUCUACGAUGAAAACUCUAAGUAUUCCCCAUCAAUUUUAGCAAAUAUUUCAAGCACUAAACAGUGAAAAAUACAUCGCAAAUUUCGUUAAAAUUUGUGACGCCAAUUUCGUAGCUACAAAUGUAAAAAAAUACAAAACAAAGACGAAAAACAUUUACCUUGAAUACUUUGUCGUGGCUUAGGCAUGUUUUUAAAACAAUUAGACCAGUUUACGCUUCAAGAUCACCCUUUUAAAGUGGAAAAUAUAGCAAAACAACAAAUAUGCCGAGAACUUUGGUAACAUUCGCAAUACGCGUGACGUCACGUUUUUCAACAAGGAUGCAGUCAAUGACGUCAGAAGUUUCCAAUCCAUUUAUUUUAUUAUCCAUGGUCUUAAUUAAGUGAGAACCUGCCUAACUUUUGAGAUCGAUAUCACUAGGAUGAUCACCCAUGAAUAUUGACGAAUCUCAGUGAAACGUACUCGCGUGUACCUGCAAUCACUUAGCGUUGCUUUCUUUUCCUUUACUUUCACCAUUGGUUUGUGAAGUUUCUGAAAGAGUUGUGAUUGGCUUAAGCAUUUCACGUCACUGAAAUGUCCUCUAACAUAUCAUAACUGCAUGUGGACCAAUGAGAAGGUAUAAAUAAAUUUUAUCGGUUGAUCCCCAAUAAAAAAUAUUCUUUCCAAUGAGACAAUAACAUUUUGGCGUUAGAAGCAGAAAGUCUAGAAAGGGAAUUGUUGAUGAAUUUAUUAUUUCUUUUCAUUAUUCUUAUUUCUUUUUACUUCAGACAUGGUGAUUUAUAAUAGUUACUUCAGAGCUACUGGUACCAAUUUCACAAAGUCUAAAUUUAAACUGCCAAAGUAUGUCUCAGUGGAUGAUUUGCAACGGCUAAAUUAUUCUCCUACAGAUAAUUUGAACGCUUUCAAAGUGAGUGCACCUGUUGUUGUUGGAAGUAUAAGAACAACAAUGAGAGCAAGAACUUUGACCAGCCAUGUUCCCAUUGAAGAUAGUAAUAUCAGGACACCUGCAGGUAUGACAACAACGAGACCAAUAAUUGUAACUGACUUUGAGAAAGGCCAUAAAGAACUGUGUAAAAAUUCUUGGCAAGACGAAUAUACUAAACUUCAUAAUCAUUUAUUGGCAACAAAUCAGAAUAAAUUUCUUAUCGUGACAUGUUCUGCAGCUGGUUGGGGAAAUCGGCUGCGAGAGCUACUUUGUGUUUUUCAUUUAGCGGUUAUUACAAAGCGAGUUAUCAUUAUUGAUUGUAAUCAACCUGUCCCACUGGAUAAAUAUCUACCACCACGAUACGUAAAGUGGAACUACAGGGUGAACGAGACAGGUUUGUCCAUUAGACAUGGUUAUGUAAUUGACUUCAAUGAAAUAAAGAAUAUUACAGACACAAAAGUCGAAAAAUUAUUGAAUUACUCCGUUGAAUUUAACCCUGGACUAAGAGGAAGUUUCUACAUAGCAUUGGCGAAUCUUAUUAAGUAUGAUUUACCUAUUUGGCCUAAUGUUCCUCAAAUGUUGGGAUGUGAUUUUUACUAUUUGUUCAAGAAGUCCGAUGUCUUGGAAAAUCGUUUGCGGCAAUUGAAAGCGGAACUAGGCUUCAUUGAUAAUAUUGUUUUAGGUAUUCAUAUCAGAGAAGGCGAUUCUGUAUUUCAUCACAACAAAGGUGACAAAAGAUACAAAAAUGCCGAAGAUAUUCGAAAUGCUUUUAACUGCGCAACGAAAGUCGAAAAUAAAAUCAAAGAUAAGUACAAUACGACGAAAAUAAUUUGGUUUUUAGCCGCCGACUCGGAUAAAAGGAAAACUUAUGCGAAGGAAAAAUAUGGUAGCAAAGUGAAAUAUUUGGAUGGUCCUAUUGAACACAUUGGACAUCCGAUGAAAGGAAACGAGGAUGCAGGACAAUUAACCAUGCUGCUCGAUUACUUCCUCAUGCAAGAAUCCGAUUUCAAACUAUAUACUUCACCGUCUACUUUUGACGAUGCUGUGGAAUAUAUAUCACUUGGAAAGCCAACUGUUAUGCAAUUGUUCUACAGAAACCAAUUGUCGUGUAAGAUGCCAAAAUCUUUAGAAAUUUAAGUCUUUUUACAGUAUAAUAUACAGCCUCUUGUAAUUAUACGAUUUUCAUGUUGUUUUCCGGGCAUAGUACCGUCUUUGCUUAUCACUUAAGCGAUUCACAUAGAACACGAUUCGAAAUUUUGAAACGGGAAACGAUCUCUUGACCUCGUAUGGGAUUUAACAGGUGGAGCUACGAUCCUGGCAAAAACUAAUGAAACAUCCAGUAUGUACGCCCAACAUUGUUCAGGGGGGAGGGGAUUUUGUCUAUUUCACUGAUUUUUUAUAGGUGUUUCAUUAACUUUUUGCUUAGAUUGUAGAUGAGACUCGAAGCGCGAGGAAAAUAUGCGUGUAAGCGUUUAAUUCCUUAUAAUAUCGUAAUAGUAAUUAAUAUCAGUUUCCGUCGACAGCUAAUAAAGAUCUGGACAUUAAUUUAACUGAAUCACUGCCAGUUUGAUGAAUUGAUGUGCUUUUGAUUCCCAUGUUUUUUUUUGCGCAUGGAUCUCGAUCAUUGUAAAGCUUUCUCGAAAAUUUGUUUAUUAUCCAUUAGAAACGCAAACCAUGCCUGCAUGUUUACUUCCUAUCUAUUAAUUAACGUUGAAAUUAGUCUAACUAUUAAAUAUAUUAAUUUUGAU